CCGUUUGACUCACAGUUUGGUACCAUAGGUUGGUACGAUCUUCGUUGGAGAAGGAAAAGGGAUGUUCCAGAUACAGAAAAUCGUCAAACCAUUUACUACAAAGUCCGUUUCUGGGUGGAGUUAGUGGAACCGAAAAAGAUGUCUCCCUCACAGCGUUUGUGACAAAAGAAUUGCAUCGUUCCUUGGCGGCCUUUCAACAGAACAAUAUUCAGAGAUUUCCCGAGUGUUCGACCGAAAGGAAAAACAGCAUUGAGGGAUAUGGACCAAAGGCAAUAUGGAGAUUGUGAUGUUGGUAACUGGAAAGUCUCCAUUGUUGGAGGACGAGAAGCCGUAUCCAAUUGAAGCAGCACAGGCUUCUGCGAUGACUGUGGAAACCACUGCUUAUGCCUUGCUUCAAGCAUUGUCAAGGAAUGAUAUUGACUAUGCAACACCGAUUGCGAGGUGGCUAACGAUGCAACAGAACUAUGGUGGUGGAUUUCACUCGACGCAGGACACAAUCAUUGCCUUGGAAGCUUCAUCACGAUACGACAUUGCAUUUCUGAAGAGGGAAGAAGAAAUCAACAUGCAAAUUCAAUUCCAUGGUUUUGGAAGUCCCAUUGAGAACACGAUUCAUUUGCGCCAGCAUAAUGCUCUGACCGAGAAAGAAUUGAAGUUUCCACUUGGAAGAAAGAUUCACAUCAAGUUGACUGGUCAAGGAAAUGGGACACUGACUAACCAUACAAUUAGACUGUUUUGAUGAGGAACUUAAAGAUUACGAGUCCCGUCCGUUUGACUCAGAGUUUGGUACCAUAGGUUGGUACGAUCUUCGUUGGAGAAGGAAAAGGGAUGUUCCAGAUACAGAAAAUAGUCAAACCAUUUACUACAAAGUCCGUUUCUGGGUGGAGUUAGUGGAACUGAAAAAGAUGUCUCCCUCACAGCGUUUGUGACACAAGAAUUGCAUCGUUCCUUGGCAGCCUUUCAACAGAAGAAUAUUCAGAGAUUUCACGAGUAAUAAGAAUACAACAUCAGGUGGAGAUGUGCGUGAUUUCAGCAAGGUGCUGAGAAAUAAGUUCAGAUCAAAGAAACACUUUGCCAAACAUCCUCGCUUGAGUUAUUUACUAGUACAAACAGUUCUAGAAGGCGAGAACCUU